GUACAGCUCAGUUUAAUACGCUUAUUUUGAGAUAUUGUGAAGAAUUUGUUGUUCACCAAUAUUCAUCCACCGUGAUUAAUCAGCAUGAGCAUAAUAACAUCCACCAUCAGCAGCAUCAUUGACUCGGAGCUCUUCAAAAAAUUACGUCAGCCCUUGAUGUAUUGCUCCAUGGUAGCCUUGACGAUGGGUGUCCAGGAGAUUUGCCAGCAAGUUGUAUUUAAUUGUCCAUGCAAAAGACACUUCGAGUAUGGGCUGGCAUUUUUAUGCGGACCAGCCAUUCUUUUGUUUUUCCUAGGCAUUUUCUUGGAUGACACUCUAUGCCGUACUGGCCCUGAAAGGGACACCGAGAAAGCCAGGACAAGCCCUGUAUGUCACUAUUUCAAGUUACUGUUCACUAUAUUCUAUGCAAUGACACUAGCAAGCGUCGCUCCAGUUGCCUGGUUGGUUCUAUCUUUCUUGCAACAAAAGUACUACACCUGCGCAUACUUUGGACCUCCCGUCGACAGAAUUUCAACUGCUACAAAUGCAACUGACAGAUGCCAUUUUAAGCUGGGCUUUCGAUCAAAAGAGAUGGAAGAAACCUACAAAACCAACAGUCAGAUUGCAGGCUGGUCACUCAUGAUCAUAUUCGUGCUCGUCCUUGUCAUUUCCAUCUACAUACGUCAAUGUAUGAAAAAAGGAAAGCGUCUGAAAAUACCGGGUCCUAAACACUACCACCGUGUUGAAGCCCAAGAAGCUGUUGAGCAGUACCACGCCAUUGCACUGGAACGCGUCAAAGAACAAGCAAAGAUGGUUAUUGAAAAUUUUUUCCCAGAAAUGGAGAGGCAUACAGAUGUCUAUUCCUAUUUGGAAGGCGUUGGAGAUAAAGUUCGCAAUAAAUACUAUAAGUAUUUAGGCAUACCACCGAACGAGCAACAGAGUACCCCAGAUGAUCUAACAGAGGAAGAUGGACAAACAGAAACAACCGUUUAAAUGCAGCCCUUCUGCAGUGGUGAAGAUCUGCCACUAAUAUCACCUGCCCGAACUGAUCCAUUGGAGAACCCUGGUGAAGUACCAUCGAUAAUUUAAAGAUAGAAGAUAAGUUGUCAAGAUUCUAUUGACAUGAGCUGAAAGUAUUUGUACGAUAAAGCUCAAUACAUAUUUCAAGGAUAUUUCGUAAAUUCAUGAGCUAAUACGUAAUAGGGUCUUGGUAAAUUUGAUUACUUGACGUAAAGCUUAAUUUUUUUGCUUCAACGCGUAUAUUUCAAUAUUUAAAAAUAUAUCUUUCUAACAUUUACUUUUGUGAUGGAGAAUAUAUUUGUAAUAUAUUUAAUAUGCUAAUUUUGUAUUUCACUCGCAGUUGAAAAUUAGCUCGGAGAGUUCGAAAUGUCCCGAGUGACUUUUUAGCAUUAACGUUAAUCUCGAAAUGUAUAUCCAA